CCAUCUUGAAAUCCGGGCCACAAUAAAAAAGAAACCGGUCCCUGGAGCAUCUUCUGACCUUUCCGGGCGGCCUGGAAAAUAAAAUAAAAUAGAAGAGGGCUGGGUGGAACGGAGCGAGCGGCUUCGGCUCUUGACGGGACUCUCGCUGGGCUUCCGCCCAUGGCUCCGGGGCCGCAGUGGGGUUUUCGCCGCCGCCGGCGGUUCCUACCGUUCUGAAGGGCGGUGGCUCCUGGGAGGGAAGGGCGGCUGCUGGGAGCGGAAGGAUUGCUCGCAAGAGCGGCGAGUAAAGCGGCGGGUGGGGGGAGUGCCUGUUAAGAGAUGGGUUAGGCAGCUCUGUGAGGCUGGGGUGAUCUGGUCCCCGCGUGGCCUCAAGGGCACCGGGCAGCGCAUCGGUGAAAGGCUGGGAAGGAUGAAGGAAACCUGCCGGAUUUGUGGCCGGGAACUGUGUGGUAAUCAGAGGCGCUGGAUAUUCCACACUGCAACGAAGCUUAACUUGCAGGUUUUGCUGUCGCAUGUCCUGGGCAAGGAGAUCUCUCGGGAUGGCAAAGCUGAGUUUGUCUGCAGCAAGUGCGCCUUCAUGCUGGAUCGCAUGUAUCGUUUUGACACAGUCAUUGCCCGCAUUGAAGCGCUGUCGAUCGAGCGUUUGCAGAAGCUGCUGCUGGAAAAGGAACGUCUCAAGUUCUGCAUCGCCAGUAUGUACAAGAAGAACAACGAAGAAUCUGUUGACGAGGCUGUGGAUGUUUCCAGCCUGCCUGAUGUGCGAUACUCAGCCUUACUUCAGGAAGACUUUGCUUACUCCGGAUUUGAAAGCUGGAUGGAACCUGAGGAGCGCAUUGUGGAGCCACAUACGUGCCACACCAUGGAAAGUAUGGGCAGCCGUCCCAGACGAUGUCGCAGCUGUGCUGUGUUACGAGUGGCAGAUGCUGACUACGAAGCAGUUUGCAAAAUCCCACGAAAAGUGGCAAGGAAUGUUUCUUGUGGGCCAUCUUCUAAGUGGUCUGCUAGCACUUGCAAUGAAGAGUUGCCUGUGUGUGAGCCUAUAACUGCUGACCUGCCAAGUGGCACUACACCUAUGGGUGAAGACAGCAUGGAAGAGGAAACUCCUGGAUCCUCUCUGGAGUCCUUGGAUGCAACAGUGGCAGCCAGUUCUUCACAGCAGAAAAAUGAGGAAACAGACAUAGAAGGAAAGAGAAGUAGGAAGUGUGACUAUUGUAUAGGUGACCGUAGUUCCCACAAUUUCUCACAACAUGGAAACAGGAUGGAUAUAGCCCUUAGCCUGAUCAGAGCUUUUGAUUGCAAGCCAGUCCAGAGUCCCAGGGGGAGCAAGUUGCCUAUUCCACUAAAGUCAAGUCCUCUUUGCCAGGACCUAUUGGGCAAAAACACUUGUCCUGCGUUUGUGAAUGUGGCAGUGAACUCUCAUUCUGGAUCUUCCUUAGCUUUUCCUUUGGAGAUGUCCGACCUUCAAGAAUUGUGGGAAGAUCUUUGUAUAGACUAUAUGCCACUUCGAGUUAAGAGUGUGUGUGAAGAUCAACAGCGACUGAUUCAGUGCAACUUAUCACAGGACAAACAAGCAUCUGAAUUAAAUAAUAUAGAAGUGCUGGGAAAAAUCAGCUGCAUUAAUGCUACCAAUAAGCAACUUCAAGAGAAAUUGAAUGAGAUGGAUUUUGAAUUGAAGUCUGUUCAGCAUACAUCCCAGAGACAGAGUCACAGAAUCCAGAACUUGAAUGAGACCUUGAAGAGCAAAGAGAAUGAGUCAGAAGAACUCUACCGUGUAAUUGCAGAGCAGAACGAGACAAUAGCCAAACUACAAGACAUGCUACAUAAAACCCAGCUUGCACAGGUGCAGAUCUCAGAGGGUUCUUCCACAAAGCAGCAGAAGCAGCAAAUGGUGCUACUUGAUGUACAGAACACACUUUUCUUCACUCAGCUUGAAGCGCAGCAACUGAAGAGAACUCAUCAGAAAAAAGAUCGCCAAUUGACCGAGGGCAGGAAGGCCACCCACCUUCUAGAAACAUUGUUACAAGAGGAACAGCAGCAGAAAGAGGCAGCAUGGAAACACAGUCAGGAGUUGCGUGCUACUCUUCAGCAGUUAAGAAUGGAGCUACAGAACAGAAACUGGCAAUGUUGUAAUUUGGAGAGAGAAAAAUGGUCAGAGAUGCAAAAGCAAGAGCUGAAAAUUAAGCAUUUGAGUCACAACCUGGCCUGCAAAGAGCAGCUUCUACAGGAAUCUGAGGAACUUCUACGGUAUCAUCAGACUUUGGACAAGAGCCCCACAUCAGCUGAUAAUAUGGUGAAGAAAUUGCAACAACGAAUUAAGGACAGAGAUGUUAUCCUGGAGCGAGCAAUAGAUGAAAAGUUCUGUGUGCUUGAAGACAGGGAACAAGAACUGCAGCAGCUUCGCUUGUCUGUGAAAGAGCGAGAGCGUGAUCUAGAAGGACUGCGCAGGGUCCUCUCCAACAACGAGGCUACCAUUCAGGGCUUGGAGAGCUUGCUGAAAGCCAAGAGCCUGGAACUUGAGCGGUUGUUGGCAACCUAUCAGAAUUUGCACUGGCUGAAAGAGGGAAUAGAAGCAAAAUCCCAUAAGUGGCAGGCAGAGCAAGAGAGAAUAAUCCAGCAGCUGCAGACUGUUCUGCAUGACAAGAACAAGGAAGUGGAAGCGCUGUCAGCAACACUGCUGUGCAAACUGGGACCUGGGCAGAGGGACAUUGUGGAAGAGCUGUACCUCCAUCUUCAGCAAAAAGAGCAGAUAAUUGAGGAACUCCUCAAAGACAAGAGCCGACAGGCUGUGGAACAAGUGGCUGAGCUUCAGGAGUUGUUUCAAGCUGUGAGCAACAAAGAGCAGCAAAGUUGUAUGUCUUCUGAGAAAAUGGCACAAGCUCUAAUAGAAAGAAGUUGCGAACUGCAAGUUUUACAUCAGCAACUGAAGGGCCAAAUUCCUCAAGAGAAAAAUGAAGCUUCCGUUACCCAGCUCAAACGAAAGGAUGAGUCUGAAGCACUGAGGCAAGAAAGGUUUGGCAAGAGCACCAGUAUCAUGAUCUCUAAGAAAGAAGGCAGCAGAUCCAAGGUGGAGAAAGGUAUUUUAGAGACAACUGCUGGACUUGAGGAAGAACUCACUAAUGCCAAAGAGGAGCUUGAGCUAUUGACACGACGGGAAAAGGAAAGCAGAAUGGAACUCUCUGCUCUUCAGUCUGUGGUGGCCUCUCAGGAGGAGGAGCUGCAGGUUCAAGCUUCCGAUGUUGAAUCUCUUACUAGAAACAUCCAGAUCAAAGAAGAACUAAUAAAGGACUUGCAAAUGCAGCUGGUUGACCCUGAAGAAUUGCCAGCAGUUGAGCAACUUACCCAUGAAGUUUUGAUGCUUCGGGAAAAGAUAUCCAAGAUGGAAUUGCAAGGACAGGAAGCCACUGAAAAUAGAAGGCUGCAGCUGCUGCAGGUGUUGGAGGGGCUGGUAGCAGAGAAGAAUCAGCUGAAUGAAACCAUGAAAGCAGAAAAACAGCUCUACAGCACUUUGGUGAAGUUUCAUGCUCAUCCUGACAGCUCUCAACAGCAACAACAGACUCUGCAGGUGGAGCUGGAGGGGGUCCAGGCACUCCGUAGACAACUGGAAGAGGCUCUUGGAAGAAGUCUGGAGUGCCUAAGCAGGCUGGGAUCACUGGAUGGCAUUGGAGGUCUAAUUGCAGCUGAGGAUGCCGAGUACGCCAGCACCGAGUUCACAGACAGUAUUGAGGAGGAGACACAGAGAAUCGCUCACCAACAGAACAUAAAUGGAGAUGCUGAUGACAAGCUGGUGGGCCGUUCCAGUUGUCCUGCUCCCUCUCUGGAGAGAGAGAACAGCCUGCAGGUGGAGCUGCUGUCUGCAAAAUCUGAGAUUCAGCAGGUUCUAGAGCAGAAGAAGAAGCUGGAAGGGAAACUACAGCAUCUCAAGGGGCAGAUUGAGGAAGCUGGGUUCUCCUCAGUCUCUCAGCUCAGGAAGGCUCUGCUGAGCCUGUGUCUAGAGAAUGCAGAACUCAAGGAACAAGUUGGAGAAGCAAUGUUGUCAGAGGGUUGGGAGAACGAGGAUGAAGAUGAAGCGGACCUGAGGCUGGAAGUCAAGAAGUUGCAAGAGAAGGCGCACACUUCAGAGAUUGUGACUGGCCUCCUCAAAGAACAGCUGACUCUGAAUAGUCAAGGAGGUGAAGGCACCUUCAAGCCGCAGUUCACUGCUAGCAUGGCUCAGGAGACUAAGCAACUGCGAAUGGCUAAGCAAUGCACCCGCAAGGGGGUUCUCCAUAACAAUACCCCACAAAGGCACUGUGUACUGCCCCGGUCUGUGGACUCCAGCCCAACAGAGACCCAGGUGUGGGGAAGCAGGUUCACAAGCGACUCUCGGCAGCAGUUCAGGGAGCCAGUCCAGCAGCUCCACUCAGACUUGCCUCAGUGCAAGCAGCAAUGUCACAAGCUACGAGACAAACUCUUGGUUUCAGAAGCCACCAUCCAGGCUCAGAUGGCACAGCUGGAACAAUACCGGGCCCUUCUCAGUGAGCCCAUGGUACAGCAGGACAGUAAGCAGAUACAAGUGGAUCUCCAGGACCUGGGGUAUGAGACCUGUGGAAAAAGUGAAAAUGAGGCUGACAGGGAAGAGGCCACCAGUCCUGAAUGCGAAUAUCAUGGUGUGUUCAAUGAGGGCUUGAAGUCUUGGAAGAAGCUGCUGGGCUCCUCUCCAAGCAGACUGUCGAAGCCUGAGGCACACCAGGACUCCAGCCAGUGUGAUGAUCCUGCCGUUCUCCGCCAGCAUGUCCAUGACCUCCAGGUGCAGCUGCAGAGUUCCUGCAGAGUCAUCCAGAACCUACAGAGUCGUGUGCGCUCCAUAUCCACUACCAGCGACUAUGCCUCUGGGAGUGAGCAUCCACUAAAGCUGAAGCCAGGCUACAUCAUGGGCAGCACCCCUUCCCACAGUAUGACAGAUGAAGAUGAAGGCUGGCACUCUGAUAGCUUUUGGUCCUUCUGCCCCCCAAGCUUCCAACCCAACAAAGACCUGGCCAGGCUCAUCCAGAGAGUGUCCCUGCUUGAGGCUCAUCUGGGUGAUGCCAAGCCAAAUGUCUUACUGGCAGAGGAGUUGAAACCUGCAACAUCCAUGGGGAAAUACGAUUCGUUGGUCCAAGCUCAGGCUCGGGAGCUUUCCUAUCUGCGUCAGAUGAUGCGGGAGGGACAAGGGGUGUGUCACAUGCUGAAACAACUCUUCAGGGACACCAUCAAGUCCUUUGAGGAGCUCCUACGAGGCACUGACAUUGAUUACUUCUUUGGGCAGAGCUUCCGUGAGCAGCUGGCACAAGGGAACCAGCUGACAGAACGAUUGGCCAGGAAACUGAACAGAAGGAAUGACCUAAACGUGGAGGAGAAAUCUAGUCAUGAACUGCUUGUUCUGAGGCUGAGCAAAGAGCUCCAGGAGAAGGAGCAAAUCAUCAGGAACCUCAAGGCCAAGCUCCAGGUGCACUCAGUGACUCCUUCCAGUAGCCGCACCAUCUCUGAAUCACCCCGUUCUGGAAGCAGCACUUCCUUUCUCUCUGAUGGCCUGGAGGGCUGCUCUGAUGUGGAUGAUGUCAGUGAAUGCAUUUUCUACCAGGAGGACCCCAGUGAAGGCCAGUCCCAUAGUCUCCUAGACAAAGAUGUUGGCAAUUAUUCCAGCAAAGGUUCUGCCCAACCAUCUCAUCCACCUUCUGUGGCUGCAUCUCAUGCUGCUCCGGCAGAAUCCAUCCCGAGGAGCCUGUUUCUGCCUCCUUCACAAACUGCCAGCCAGGCUUUCCGAGGACUCCAUCCUGACUCUUUGUCCAAGCAAGUUACUUUGGCUUCACUUGCCUCAGGGCCCUGCUCUUUCCUGCCUUUGGGCUCUUCUUCUCCAGCCCCUGCUCCACCCCUUGGCUGCUGCAGGACGCCGGUCUUCUCACUGGCUGAGGUGCAGCAAGAGCUGCAGAUGCUGCAGAAGCAGCUGGGAGAAAGUGUAAGGCUUCCAGCAUUGACACCAGUGAAGCCAGGGUCGCUGGCUGGCCUUUUUUCUGCAGGCAGCCCUGCCAUCUCUAAGCACUGCCUCCAGGCCUGCCAUCAUGUCCAUCAGUUGCUUCCUUUGCAAAACUCUGCUGACUGGAGCAGGAAGCCUGAAAAGGGCACGGGGGAGAGCAGCCCCCCCUCAGAUAUGCCUCUGAACUUCAGACAGCCACAAGAGAGAUUUCUCUCUGGAAUCCUGCCCUCAUGUUCUUCAGCAACACUUUCUAGCCAGAAGCAAUCAGGUGCUGAUUUGUUGGAGGAACACCUUUCUGAGAUCCAAAUUCUCCGCCAACACCUAGAGGAAUCCAUCUGUGCUAAUGACCACCUGCGGGAGCAAUUGGAAAGACGACUGGCAUCGGUGGCAAAGAGCAAUGAGCUGGAGCAGCUGCAAAAGGCUCUGCUGGCAUCGCACUCAAAGCUCCAUGAUGGUGAGGUUGAGCUACGCCAGCAGCGAGCUGAGCAGCAACGGCUGCAGGAAGAGAUCCGAGGCAAGCAGCAAGACUUUGUUCAGCUCCAGGAGGAGUUCCUGGCUCUGCAGAAGAACCAUUCCAGGCUUCAACACAGAGUGGCGUUACUUCAGCAGAAGUGCCAGGAAAACCAGCAGCACUUCCAGACCUUGCAGGCUGAAUUACGUGUCUAUGAAGUGCUGUGUGGCCCACGGCAGAACGCCGCCUCAGGGAUGCAUAGACAGGACAACUUGGUGCUGGUAGAUGAUGCCAACAGACAGGGGUCCCACGUUGUAAGCCACCUCGAGAACUACAGCACUCUUAAGAAACAGAUUCUGGAGGGCAAGUCUCUGAUCCACAAGAUAACAUCACUCCUGCAGUCUGGCCUAGAACCACAGAGAUCCAAGGUCUUCUGUCAAGAAAGCAUCAGGCAACUGCUUGCCAACACUGGUUCUUUGCACCAGAUCUUGGAGAAGUCAGCUUCCCUCUUGGCAAUGUUCUGGAGAGCAGCAGCCGUUCCCAUGCCUCACAUUUCUGCUCAAGAGCCCUCAAUGAAGGAGGAGAUCCAGGGUCUCAGAGCCAAGCUGGCUGAGCAAGAGAAUCGCCUGCAGAGUGCUAGCCAUGUUAAGGAGAGUAUGGAGAACUUCCUCCUCAGCCACUUGACAAGGACAUAUGAUGUGCUGAGGAAAGCAAGGACUAACCUGGAGGGGAUGUCCCAACAGCACAUACGAGCCUCCAUCAUGUGACCAUGUUCUUACAUGAUCUAUGAAGAAAAUGGAGCCGAGCGCCUAGAAGCAUGAGGAAGAAAAAGACUCAACUGCAGUUCCCCACCCAAGCCCAGGCAUCAGAAGCAACCUGCUUAAGCCAUCUGGAUCUUCACUGUUCUGCAAGCCCUGGCUUUUAGAAUUUGUCCUGGAAUUGAACUACUGCCUUGCCAACUAACCCCAGCUGCUUUAGGGUGAACCCUACGGAGUCAGGGGUAUGGCACCCAGCUGCAUUCUCAACAACCUUCGUGUGUGCUCAGGAGUGACUGCUGCUAGACACCAGGCUGGAAUUUGUCUGGAAAUGCUCUAGCCUUAAGUGCAAUAUUAGAAAUAGACUAAACUACUACUAUACAUGCUGCUGUCUUGCGAAAAGUGUUUUAAAAAUGGCUUUCUCCAAAGCUGCCCCAAUCUGAUGGAGUGAAGCUGGGCUGCCUGAGGCUCAGUCAGUUGUUGCAUUCUCCUGGAUAUGUCUGUGUUGAUUUAAUUAUAGAUCAGGGUGUAUAAUGUACUAUCAAGACAUUACUUACCUGGUUCCAGAGAAAUAUGGCCUUGAGGUAUGUUCUUAGCAAAUGCAAUUGUGCUGGAUUACUGAGAAAAGAGGCGAGUGGAAGCCUCCCUUAGCCCCAGCUUCAUUUGACUCUUCAGCUAUUCAUUUUCAACCUUUGAAGUUGCCUCUGAAUUCAUGUCCAAACUCAUAGUUUUCUACACACAUAGGGAGUUCUUGUAAUUGUUGCUUAGGGGUAAGGGCGGACAGGUAACACCAGUUUAUAUAUAAUGCACACUACAACUAUUUGUGAAAAAAUUAGAAAGCCCUUACGAGUCCUAAAUGCUCUAAAGAAGGACCUAUAAGGGAUUGGGAAAAAUUGAAGGGGUCUUGGCUCAGUUUUAUUGAAAUAAAUGAAUCAAGUUUUUCUUUAUACUGUCCAAGUUCCCAAUAAAUCUUUUUCAAAAACUA